AUGGCUGGUGGGUCCCAGGGCUUGCCCGUGCUGGUUUCGUUGCGCUGGAAGGGGAUUUGGGCUUUCGGGGGGCCUGUUGCCAGGGCAGGCCCUUGGCGCUACACAUGCUCUCAGACAGCAGCUCGGGCUAUCUUGCCUGGGCUUGAUGGACCCCAGCUAUUUGGCUGGAUGUCACCGCUGGAGCCGAUUUUGGGAGACCCGGGUCCUUUUGCUGGGCUGGGUGGGCUGUCCGCUGGAACUGCUCUUACACCUAUCCAUUUAUCACGCAUCCCACCUCUUCGAAUCCAUUCGUCCAAAAAGGCUCAUAAGCUAAUUUAG